AUUAGCUGAUUACGAAUCGGUUGAGAAAAGUGUUUUUUUUUUUAACUGGCAUUUAAUCCUCAAGAAUCCUCGAAUUUCAAUUAAAUGUUGUCAAGGACACUUCAGCUAUGUUUUCUGCUAGUUCAGGUUUUGAUGCCGCGGUUCCUCCGCGAGCAGACAACCUGCGAUUUCUGAAAGUAGAAAUUGCGCUCUCACUUAAUUAGGGCCGCAAAUGAUACGUAUCGCGUGUAGUGAUUGGUCCUUUUUACCCCUAGCCUGACCAAUAUGUGAAAAUAAGCCAAUCAGAAAUCGUUUCAGUGACAAAACCAUGACAAUGUUAAUGUUUACGUCGCUUGAGACCUGACAUUCUUUUGCAAGGGAGACGUUGUCGUUAACUGCAAUUUUUAGGCUGCUAUUGUACUUUUAUUGUUGGUUUGUGUACCGGUUGGGGGAUAUCCCCGAGGUUUAGGCAAAAUGAGUGAGUUUCGGAGGAAACGCAGCAGCAACGGAACGAAGCAACGGUUCGGGAACAGUGCUUCUGCAGCUGCCGACGACCUGCCAAGUUCCAACAGACAAGACCGACUGAAUUCAAAGCCGCCAUUCUCACCGUCUUCAUCCGCCGGGGGAAAGAUGCAGCACAACAAGCCAAAUGACAGGCAUGACCGGGACAGAAACAACUCUGGAAAGUCACCAGGUUCAGGACCUCUGACUCUGCGGGGAAAAACAUCCAGCUCGAAGGCCGCCUACACACGUUCUUUGAGUGAUGACAAAGUUCGUCGCAUCGUCAAUGAAGAAGGAAGACAAGCUCGUAACCUUGUCACUUGGAAUGUUCCUGUGGAUGACAGUGAUGAUAGUGAGAAUGAAGGUAAGCCUCCAGUACGCAGGAAGCCCAAAUCAAGAAGUAGUAGUACUCGCUCUUCACCGAGGACCACCACCCCUCGUAAGAAGACUGAUAGCCCACGAGUGAGCCCCAGAGACCAAGGCGAUUCCAUCCGCUUCAGCACUGUGAACCAGAAGGCUGAACGUAAGAAUUCUACUGCUUCCACAACGGCAACUAAGAAGGUAGACUUGAGGGCUCGGUACUGGGCGUUCCUGUUUGAUAAUCUCCAGAGAGCUGUAGAUGAGAUCUAUCAGACAUGUGAAGCUGAUGAGAGCAUCGUGGAAUGUAAGGAAGUCAUCAUGAUACUUAAGAGAGCUACACAUGACUUUGAAUCCCUCAUCAAACGUAUCAAUGUACAGACUGAGUUUGAGAAAUGCGACAUAGAGAACAGACCUACGUCAAUUGUGUGGGAGGUACGCAAGUCUUCGUCACCAGCCAAGCAUAGAACACCCAGCUGGCCCCCUGAUAGCAGGGCCCCCACGCCUCGCCGACCAAAUUCUCUAGCGUGGGAGAUCCGCAAAAUAUCCCCUGGAAGGGGCCUGGGGAGCAGUCCAACCCCCGGUGAAGGUAGAGACACUCCGAGUCCUGUCAGCCGAAGUCUUAAUUUCUCUGGGCAGGAUAAUACCAAAGUCAGGCAAAGCCCUGUGCCAUUGACUGAAACAAUAGCUAUUGCCAGCUGGGCUGACAGGGUGAAAGGUCGCACUGCAAAGCCAAUUGCUAGGUUUCCAGCAGAUAAGAAACCUGAUAACAAGCAAGUUAUUAAAGAAGUGUACAAGGAAAAUAUCAAGGCUGACGUGAAGCAGGAAAUAAAUGGACAGGUUUCCACAGCAGACGAUGAUGGAGAAGGUUGGGAGACUGUUCAGCGUAGCAAACCAGGCCGUUCCAGGCCAUCCUCAUUCAAGGGUAGGUCUCAUCACAGCAGCACCAGCAGCAGCCACUCUGUGAGGUCUCAGUCUGGCACAAAUCCCGCUUCUGACACCGUUAAAGCUCCAAUCAAGACGACAAGUAGUAAUCAGGGAGCCCCACGCAGCAGAACAGACAGUGAGAAGGAAAACACACCUGUAGAUAAUGUCAAUAUAAGCAGGGAGAAGUCAAACGUCAACCAAGGUGUCAAAGUUGAAAGGUCGGAAGUGGUUAAAGUAGAAAGUCAGGAGAAAGUGACGAAAACCACAACAGAAAAUCAGCUGCCCAAAGAAAAAUUGAAUAUUCAGGAUUUGGACCCUGCUAUUGUUGCCAUCUGCAUAGGAAAGGAGGAGAUUCUGCUGCCCUCGGGUGAUGAAGAAGAUCACAACAAAAAUUUGGAAAAAGAAGAUUUGGCGACAAAACUAGAUGAAGAUGUAGCUGCUGCCAUAGAUGAAGAGGAAUCGCUAACCUUUGAGAUUCAGAAAUGUCAGGAUGAAGCUUUGGCAUCAGCGAUUGCUGAGGAGGAGAAACUGACCAAGGAGAUAGAGGAAGAAGAGAGCAAAGAAAUCAUUGUGGAGACGGAUGAAGGAGAAAGUGACCUGGCUCUAAGCACGAACACGCUGAGUUCCUUAGACAGCUCUCAGCGUACCCUGGAUUGGAAUGACAUGCUGGCUGAAUAUGAAGAACGACAGCAUGACCAGUCCCCAGUCAGCUGGGGUGAAAUGGUAGAGAUGAAUGAUUUAGAGGGACGGUCACCGGGGUACGCUCUUCAUAUGCAUGAGAAACUCUCAUCUCCUUCCAGGAAAAGGACAAGAGCUGAAGCUCAGAAGCGCCAUGAGGAAAGACAAGCCAAAGCACAGAGGAAACGAGAAGUGCUCCAUGAGAGGAAGUCUGUUAAAUUGAAGAUGCUGCACGAAAAGAUUGAGGAAGUUAGAGAUUGGAAGGAUGAGCUACUGAUGAUGAAGAAGAAAGACAUGGAUGAGAAACAGCAACGAGCUGAACAGAAAAGACAGCUACAACUAGAAGCAGUCAGGAGGAAAGCACAAGAAGAAGAGCAGAAAGCUAAUGAGAUAGCAUUCAUCAACUGCUUGGAAGCUCAGAAUAAGAAACAUGAUAUUAUGGCACGUCAUAUGGGACAUGAAGCUCGUCUUCAAGACAUUGUGGAGGAGAGGCAAAGGAAAAAUGUGGAGAAAGCCGCCAAGGAAGAAGCUGUACAGGAGAGAAGAAAAGCUAUAGAGGAAGAUCGUAUGACUCGUCUUAAAGAAAUGCAGAAACAUCGUCAAGUGCAAGAAGAUAAGAUUAAUGUCUUAAGAGAGCAGCGGGAGAGGUCGAGGGAAUCUGCCGCUAAAGAGCGGGCGAGAGAGCGGGAGCAGAGACUGUCCGCAUUAAAUGCAGCCCAGCUAGCCAAAGAAGAAGAAAUACAGAAGAAGAUCCAACAAAAGCAUGAUGAGACUACUCGUCGUCAUAACCAACAGAUUGAGCAGAAACGAGAGAAAGCUAUUGAGCUUAGUAUGCUCAGACACUACCGAACUACUGAUGUGGCUCCAAAACACAAUCCAUAUGAGAAGAAGAAGAUGUGCUCACUUUGUGCUGUUAUGAUUCCAUCUGAGGUUUAUCUUUUGAGUCAUCUUAGAGGCAAGAAACACAAGGAGGCUGUCUUAGAGAAACAUCAAGGAAAGCACAUGAACGAUGAAGAAAUUGAGAGUUACUCGUUGAAACUUCUUGUGGAUGCAUCAUUGGAUCGUCCUGAUCCUCAAGAGAUGGCCGAGAAGGAGAGACAAAAAGGAUGUCGUAAGAGAGCGCGUAAACUACGCCAGAGGAUGGCAUCCAAGGGGAAAGAGUACGAAAACAACCUACCCUCCAAGACACCACAAGGGAAUGAGUCUCAUCUCAGAGCAAAGCUUCAGAAGUUGAUUAAAGAUCUCAACAAGUACUUGCAGUCUCAAGAUGCCAGUGGGCCAUGGGAGCAGAGCAAGGUGUCAGCAAUGGACAGAGCAUUAGGAGAGAUCAAUCGCAUCUUAGCUAAGAAGGAGCAAGCUGAUCAGAUAACCUUUAGAGCUUGUGGUGGUCUAUCUACACUUACUCGUAUCUUGAUGCUGGCUGAUUCUGGAAGUAACACUGUCUCUAAUAUCAUCCCUGCAAAGUCUGUGUGUUCUGCAGCCAAUGCUUUCCGACUUGGAUGUAAAGGCUGCUUUGAUAACUGUCAGUAUGCGCUGUACAGUGGCAAGGUUGCUCCUAUUGUGGAACUACUGGUACAUCAACUUGGGCUGAUUGAUCCACAGUCCUCUGAUCUGUCUACUGACCUUCCUAAGACCAUUCCAGACCCUAUCUCAAGUUGCUUAAUGCAGCUUCUAUCCACAGUCUUGUUCUGUCUGGUCAAGUAUCGGCCACAAAGCCCUUCUUCAGAUAGUCGGUCCAAUGCACAGAAGAAACAGACGGAUAUAUUUGAUCAAUGUGGUCAGGAUCUUAUCAGCUAUCUUGUGUGCUGUGGCGUUAUCGACAGUCUGACAUCGUUUUUCAACUGUGUGCGGGGAACCGUUGAUGAAAAUCCAUCUCUAGCAGAGUUUCUGCAGCAUAGUUUGGGACUGCUGGGAGCCAUGACAAAGUUUGUGUCCACGGCGUCGAACAGAUCCAGUAUAUUCACAGCUAAGAAAGAGGACCCUACCCAACUCCUAACCACCUUCAAAGCGACAGGUUUCAGUGGCAUUAUCUCCUUACUGUAUGGCAUCCUUCUUCAUGGUGGCAAUCCUCCCCGCGGUAGUACGGCGACACCUCCUGAGCUACCAGAACACACCCUGAAUGUGGUGAACGCUGGGAUUAAGAUGCUGAGUAAUAUUGCUGUGCUAGACCUAGAAAUGAUGCAGAGUGCCCUGGGAGCAGAAGGUAUCUCCCUGGAGUUCCGUCACAUAGCGACCUACCUAAUCUGGUACUGUAGUCACUUUGUUAGCUGCGAGGACUUGCUACAUGAGAUUAUACUCAUUGUUGGUUACUUCACUAUACUCAACACAGACAACCAGGUCCUCGUGCAGUCUGGUAACACACCUACACUCCUUCAACAACUGUGCGGUCUACCAUUCCAGUAUUUCAGUGAUCCUCGUCUCAUGGCCGUCUUGUUUCCUGCCCUCAUGGCGUGUUGCUAUAACAACCAGGAGAAUAAAAUCAUCUUAGAGCAAGAAAUGAGCUGCUCUCUUCUGUCAUGUUUUCUGGAGGAAAAGAUCCAAGAAAAGAAGAAAGUGAAGCAGACGACACCUACAACCUCCAAGAUAAGAGAGAAAGAAAGAGACAAGGACCUCCAAGCGCGGACAUCUUUUGAGCUUCGUUUCCCGGAGUCGUCUUGGGAUGAUGCAGUCAAGUUCUUCAGCGAAGCCUCUUGA